GGAGACAAUGUUUACAAAAGUCAAAGUCCGUAAUAGGAACAUCCUACUCUUUCUAGGUUUCGGCUGUCAACUUCUUGCGGCAACUCCGAAUUUCUUAUGUAGGUGCCACCAUAGUAGAGGAUGACUUCCACUGUUUUUGAUGAAUUCUGUGCUGAUGGCACAUAUGCCCCAUUUUUGGAUGAUAAUUUUGAUGUGCAAGAUCAUGUCAGCAAGCUUGUCCAGGGUGUUAUAAUUGCUGAGGAGUUGAACAAACUUAAUUUGGGAAUUAAUCAUCUUGAGAGAGAGAUAGAAUGCCAUGUUGGAAACCAUUAUGAAGAUCUGCUCUCUCAGGCCACAGGUGUGGAAACUCUUGAAGAUGUUCUUAAUACUAUGCACACUAGAAUACAGACUCUUCUGGCUGGGGUUGAGAGGCUAAGAGUCCGUGUUGUUGAUCCAUACCAGAGAUUAGAGAGGCACACUUUAGUGCUUGGAAGACUUCAAGCAACAUGCGAGCUCCUCCGGCGUGUGAUUCGUUGCCUCAUGCUCUCCCAAAGACUCCAGCAACAGUUAUCCAGUGAACCUAAAGAUAUAACAAAAGCAGCCAUCAGUCUGAGUGAACUAGAUCACUUAGGACGUGAUGUUGACCUGACAGGCCUAGAUGUUUUGGAACGGGAUCAGAGGUUAGUCCGACAGGCUCGUUCAGAUGUUGAGAAGCAAGCUGUAGUUAUGAUGGACAGAGGCAUGGAAGCACAGAAUCAGACUCAGGUGGGAACAGCAUUGCAGGUUUUUCACAACCUAGGCAUUUUAGUGCCAAGUGUUGAGAAAGUUUUAGAUACUUUGAUUGCACGACUGAAUAACAGUGUUUCCCUUUCGCUGGAUGUGAAUGCCCUAGCACAGAUGAGUCAGGAUACUCGUAAAACAGUUGGACCUGGGAAAGCCAUUAUGCCUGGACCAGGCCAAUCCGUACAGUUUCGCGCUUCACUUUGGUCUAGCCUUGAGAAACUCAUGGAUGACAUCUAUCAUGCUUGUGUUCAAACAUCACAUCUUCAUAAGGUUCUAGCAAAGAAGCGGGACCCAGUUACUCAUGUCUGUUUUUUGGAGGAAGUUCAGCGUCACAGUAAGAGUGACCUCUUCACCAGAGUUUGGCGAAACAUUACCCGUAUUCUGACCGAAGAAUUUUCUAAGGCUGCUCAAGAAUCACCGUUCAUUCGACAAGCUUUAGAAGUAGAUUAUCCAAAACUUGUUCGUCUGUAUGGUGACUUGUGGAGACGUUUGGAAGGCAUAAGCACAGAGAUGCGUCAUUCACCAAGUGAUAUCAAUAAUGCCCUAUUGGAACUCGAUAGUUCAUCUCAAGAAAAACUUGCGAAUAAUGAAGGAAACAGGGAAGAAUUUGACCCGGAAAAAGCACUGAGGCACACCUUGAUACCUCUUGAGGAAGCAUAUCUUUCAAGAUCACUUUCAAGAUUAUUUGACCCUGUCAAUCUGAUGUUUGCAGCCCAGGAUGCACCUCCUGCAAAAGAUGAGGUUGAUGCUCUCAUAAAAACUAUCACAAGUGAGUUAAACAUAUCGGCUGUUGACAAAGCUCUGAGUGAAACCAUAGCGCGUAAUGUGGCCAAGACUCUUCAGCUGUUCUGUGUGAAAAGUGAACAACUACUUGUUACAGAUGGGGAAGCAAGUCAGGUCAUAGGGCCUGCAACCAGUGGGCAAGCCUUGAAUGGUGCAGUAGUGAACCAGCUUUUGUAUGUUAGAAGUCAGGUGGAGAGGACUGCUUCAGCUACUUUAGCUCAUUUACCGCAGCCAGUGACAAAUACACUCCUUCAGGCAUUACCUACCAUAGAUGCGUUGAUGUCUUCAGCUGUCCAGCCACUUUUUUCAUCCAUAACAGAUGCUAUUGAGGCCAUCAUUCUUACAAUGCAUAAUGAAGACUUUUCAGGGAAUGACACAGGUGGAGCAGAAGCACAAUGUUCACUUUACAUGAAGGAACUACAAGGAUUUAUCAGCAGAGUUGCUUCUGACUACUUGGCAGUGUACCAGACAUCCUUCAUAAUGAAGGAGAAAAUUCACACAUUAGCCUGUCGAUGCCUUGAGCUCUUCGUACGCCAUGCUAGUUUAUUGAGGCCAAUUGGAGAAGGUGGAAAAUUACGCCUUGCAGGAGAUUUUGCUCAGAUGGAACUGGCUAUCAGCCCACUGUGCAGUCGACCAUCAGAACUUGGAAGACCCUACCGUAUUGUCAGGUCAUUCAGACCUCUCUUAUUCCAAACAGCUGACCACAUUAUUUCUUCCCCAAGUAUUGGAGAUGUCAUUCCAUAUUCAACAAUUCUUCACUUCCUCUUUGCAAAAGCUCCUCCAGAACUCCGUUCUCCGCACCAGACUGCUGGUUGGUCUGUCAGCCGUUAUAGUAAUUGGCUCGAUGAACAUCUAGAUGAGCGUGAGAGACUACAGCUUGUUAGAGGAGCACUGGAAGCGUACGUUGCCAACGUUAGGUCCCGUCAGCUGACGCAGUUUGCACCAGCUUACCCUGUAAUGCUAAAGCUUUUGGAGAAGGGAAUGGUUGCAUAUGGUAUAUCAGGUAAUUCCUAGUGCUUUCCAGGUUACCUCAGUGUUGUGGCUGCUUUUGUUUGACAUUUGUUAAUAAUAUAAGAUUCUAUUACUUUGUAGUUAAUAAAGAAAGUUUAAAUAAAAUGUAAAGGAUA